CCGAGAGGCACCUACACAGCUACACGGCAACAGUGAGUGGCGAGCCGCAUCGUCUUCUCGGUGGUUUAAUCAGGAUGGGAGCUGGCGAGGAAAUCCGUUUGUUCAACAUAAAGUCAGCCUUGUUAACAAGUUAACCCCCAGGAAGGCUGGCGAAGACAGCAAAGGCUGAGAAGCGGUCAUUUCCCUUGGCUGGUGGUGGGAGUGACACUACAUUGUGAAGACGAGCUAGCUAUUUAAAGCUAAGCAGGACUUCCGGUUUCAGCCAUGACCAUCAGCAUGCACUGAACACAAAGGGGAUGCUCUUGUAGUCCUUUUUGACUCCCGCCUCGGCCUGGUGUUCCCCUCCUCCUCCUGGGACCAAUGACUGGACCCAACUCCCCGAGCCGGGGUAGCAACGGCCCGGCCAAGCUGAGUAGGCUUGGCCGCUCCAAGAGCACCAGCGCUCACUGCCUGCUCCGCCACAGCGCCCAGGAGGAGUCGAGCGCCUCCAUUCCCAACAACGGGUCUCGCUCGCCAGCCGAGGAGGAAGAGAAGGACGGAGGGGUCUUCUUCUACGUUAACCGGGCCGGGUUUCCCAUCGAGGGCGGUACCUGGGAUAGGAUGUGGACCCAUGUGGCCGUUGUGCACCCUGAGGGCCAGGAGAUGGUAGACAAGAUACGCAACGCCGCAUAUCUCCCUAAACAUCACGUGCCCUCGCUUCCUACGUUUAAGCCGUCCAUGUCAGUGCAAGACUGGCUGGUGCUGGUCCAGAACUUCAUGAAGGCUCUGCAAUACAACCACACGGGCACGCAGUUCUUUGAGAUCAAGAAGAACCGUCCUCUCUGCGGGUUGAUGGAGACUGCACGAGAGAUGAUCAGGGAGUCUCUGCCAAUUAAAUGUCUGGAAGCUGUCAUCUUGGGAAUCUACAUGACCAACGGCCUGAUGUCUCUAGAAAGGUUCCCCAUCAGCUUUAAGACUCACUUCUCAGGUCACUGCUUCCAUCACGUCGUGCUCGGCGUCUACUGCAAUGGACGCUACGGCUCUCUCGGCAUGAGCCGCCGGCCGGACCUCAUGGACAAGCCGCUUAUUCACCGAACCCUCGGCGAGCUGGUGGCUGAGUUGGAAAGCUCCUACAAACGAUACCAGCACAUCCUCAAGAAGGUGAAGAUCGGCCUAUACGUGCCUCAUGACCCCCACGUGUGUCAGUCCAUAGAGUGGAAGUAUUUGGUGCUAAACGCUGCAAAACUGGGCCCUCAGGAGAUGAAGCGGGAGCUGGAGAAACAUGGCCGUGACAUGAGGAUGAAGAUCCUCAAGUCGUCCAGCGCUCAGUCUCCAAUCAAGGAGCGAAGCCGCGGGAAGUCUCUGUCUCCACGCCGUCGCCAAGGCAGCCCACAGCGCCGCCUCAUGCACCGCAGAGACAAAUCGCCAGCGUCAGUGGAGAAGAAGCCUCCAGAACUCAGCACGCUCAACGAUGGCUACCAGAUAAGAAUCUGACCCGGUCUGCUCGAAUCCUUUCAGCAGUAUCGUUCCCAGCCAAAUAUGGGAUGAACUCAAUCAUUUUGUAGCAAAUCCUCCCGGACACAAGUUCUACCAUCUCAAUGGACCAUAUCAUUUUGAGAGAUGGAGCUGAGUGCUCACAUCUUCACAUUUCUUCCAUCCUUUAGUCAUGUCUGCCUAAUGAGGAGGAAACAUCUUGAUGCUCUUCACUCAUGUUGAUUGGCACAUUUACUCCAUGACUAGAAGAGGAGGAGCUUCACAGGAGAACAUGAUCAAUAUCAUCAAUCCAUCAAUGAAGAUGUCUCUUUUUAACAUAUACGGUUAGAAAUUAAUUAUUGUCGACAAGAACCUCAAACUUUCUGUGAUGAAGAAAGGAAGUAGUACUGAUUUGAAAACCCAGGACUCUUUAACUAGUUCUUUCAGCACCGCCCACCACAUGGACACAGGUGUACAUACUUAACACAUGCAUACGUGUGUGUAUGCAUGUAUGUAUACACAUCUAACAUGUAUAUGAGGGAUGCACAAUAGUUUUUUCCUGAACGCAAAACAGCUAUCAUUUCCUGGUUCUCAAGACCAAUACCAAUAACUUGUUUAUAUGUAUCAUUUUUUUAAUGUAAGUUUAAGUGUAGUUUGUGCACACCAGGAAAGAGUCAGUAUCUUCAUCGAUGGAAAAAGGCUGGUCGUCCACUAUGAAAUCACAGAUCGCUUUAGUCCUUGGGCCGUCUCUGGAAAACUUUUUGCAUAUUUUCAAACGCUGCGGCGAUUGAAUCAAGCCCCGGGCCUUUCUUUGCGGCUGGAUUUGGGGCAGUUUCUUUAGCUACAGGCGUCUUCGUAGGCUCUCAGAUCACCGCUGUAGUCAUGCUGGUGUUUCAGGUGGCGAGUAAGGUUUGAUGUGUUCAAGAAUUAUGUUUUUUUUCCCACCUCCUGGAAUGUUUGUAGAACAUUUGGUGCAAAUAGCACAAGAAAAGCCUUUCUUUGAAACAGUAAAGAAGUCCCGCACGAUUGACACAACAUAUUUUUACAAUUAAUUUAGGGGAUGUUGACAAGAGGCAACUAAUCUCACCUCAAUAGAGCCUUUUUUUUUAAAUUCAGUUAUCAGCUACUUUUAAUGUUAUCGAAUUUGUGCGUGUGAUGUCAUAAAACACUACAUUAGCUCAAAUUAUCGUGCAGCCUUAAUGCCUACAUGUGUUAAGUUUGUACACAUGCUUGUACAUGAACAGAUAUACGUGCCUAUACAUGUACAUGCUUAACAUCAAGGACAAAAUCGUUCAUUUCAUACAUCUGGAAAUCUGGACUUUGUUCCUUAAGUUUUUUCUUGACACACACAAUAAGAUCAUGUACAAUAAGCAUUAUUGUAAAAAUAAAUAUAUGUCAAAAUUUGCCAGAGAUAUGAAUCAUUUCCAGCUUGACUGUAUGCACAUGUACGUGUGUGCACAUGAUACGCCAGUAUUUGCUGUUGUAAUUAUUUUUAGUAGUGGUACUGAGUUGAAUGUUUGAGGUUCCACAAGGAGCUAUGCACACGUCCACGUCUUCCAGGGCGGAGGAGGCGGAGCCUGAGCACAAACCCUAGAGCACAUUUUAAUGACCGUCUUAUGGUUUAGCUGAAUGUUGGUCACAUGACUGUGAUGGUUAAUUAACGCAGGAUGAACAUGAUGUGAGUUUUUAAAAGUGUUCAAUGUUUAAUUUCAAAGGAUUGUGUUGAUUUUGUGCGUUCUUGUCAAGGCCUUAUUUGAGCAUUUCAAUCUUCAUACAAUCCUGCAAAUGAAUUGUUACUGUCAUUGAUGUGAAACAUUUCAAAUCAAUUUUUUUAUACGUGACAAAAAACAUGUCAGUGUUUUAAAAUGUAAAGCAAAGUGAACAAGUUUUAGAGUGAAAUGUGUGAACAAGCUGAGCAUGUUUUGUUUUAAAUGUGCUUUUGUGUCUCCGUGGCAACAACGUGACACCUUUCAACCCCCAAAGUAAUUACUGGAGUUAUUGUUACAUAAGACUGUUGCUGCAUGUUUUUAAUUUUUCUUAAAU